AUGAAACGCGUUCUUCUUGGACUUUGUGGAAUCUACCUUUUUGUUGCUUCGGCGUGUGGCCUUUCCCGGAAAUCAGCAGACCUGCGCCUCCCAGCUGGCGUUGCUGCUGAACGGCGCGCGCACUUUGCUGCUGCUGCGCCCCUCAGAGAAGCCUCAAAAGAAAAUACGAGACUCUACACAAUUAUACAAAAUGAAAAAGGAGAUAAUUGGGACAAUAGGCGCUCUUUAGGUGCAGCUUUCCCGGCAAAGGGGGCUCGGGGCCCCCCCAGGCGCCGUGCUGCAGCGGGAGCCCUGCGGCAGCAGCAUCUGAAGCUGCAAGAUUUCAGCACCGAAGAUGUGGAAAACAAAAAAGACAUUUUUCUCCAAUUAAAGGGAGAAAACGAGCCCGCUAGCUCUGCUGCUGCUGCUGCUGCUGCUGCGGGAGAGCCGCCAGCCAACGGCCAGCAGACAGCAGCAGCAGAGAAGCCCAAGGCUGCAGACAACUCUGCAGCGCCUGCUGCAGAAGGCCCUGCUGCUAAUGCUGCAGCCUCUGCUGGAGCAGCCGAUGCAGCCUCUCCCCCAACUCGUGCUGUUGCAAAUGACGCAACAGCUGCAACAAAAUCUGCUGCAGCAGAGACGGCUCCACCCGUUCCGGAAGGUGCUGCUCCAUCACCCGAAGCUGCUGCUCCACCAGCUCCUGCAGGAGGUGCUCCUGCAGCAGAUGCUCCUGCAGCAGCUCCUGCAGCAGACACUGCUGCAGCAGCUCCUCCAGCAGAUGCUGCUGCAGCAGCUCCUGCAGCAGAUACUGCUGCAGCAGAUGCUGCUGCAGCUCCUACAGCAGAGUCUGCUGCAGCUCCUACAGCAAAGACUGCAGCAGCUUCCACAUCCGAGGCGGCUGCUGCUCCUACAGCAGAGGCCGCUGCAGCUCCCUCAGAAGACACUGCUGCAGCUUCCGCAUCAGAGGCUGCUGCAGCAAAAGCUGCCAUAGCUGCAGCAGCAGAGAGCGCGCCGCCUGCUCCUGUAGAUCUUCCUGCGGAUUUUAAGUGGCAGCUUCCGCCUCGGUCCCGGAAGAAGUCCAAAGAUGUGUUCAAGUCGUUUGCACUUGACCUGCAGGAGAAGCUGGCGCUGCACGACUCUGGAAAGUCCUAUUUCAAGAAGCAGCGGCACUUCGUGGGCCCCACUGCUGCUGCUGAAGGGCUCAGCAGCAAAAUGUGCAGCAGAGUGCUGGUGCGGGUGGUGCAGCAGCCGUCGCCGGGCUCGCUGUUCUUCUCUUCUGUCAUGGCGCGGCUGGGCUCGGCUUUCCGGAAACUUCGAGCUGCAGGCCGCAUUGUGAAGCUGAAGUUGAAUAAACUUUUUGUUUCCAAAGGGAAAAAAAAGUCCAGCAGCAAAGCAGUGCAGUGGAUCAAGAAGAUGGCCAGCAAGGCCUGGGCGCGAAUGUGCACCAUUCUGAAACGCAUCUUGACAACUGUGAUCCGCUUUCUUCCUUUGAUCCUUUUCAUCACGAAUAUUGCAUUUGUUUCCGUUUCCAUUGUUUCCUUCGUGGCUGCGCCCAACCCGCUGAGCUUGCUCGCGAUGAUUUCGACUAUUGUGAAUCUGCUUUCCUUCGUCUUCAACAGCGCCAUGCAGAUGCACAUGAAGGAAGUGACGCAGCAGUCUUUGGGCGAGAACUCCGAAGAAAAAGACAUGGAGCUUUUUGGCCUCAGGUGGGGGGAGUUGACUGCGGAAGAGGCCCUGGGAGGCGAAGACUUGAAGCAGCGGGAGCUGGAAGAGGAAGUGACCUCUUCUGCGGCGAAGACAGAAAGCAAACCACAGAAAGAAGAAACCAAAAGACCAACAGAGCCGUCUUCAGAGGCUCAGACGGCAGCUUCCUCUGAUGCAGAGGGAAAACAGCAGCAAAGCGCCGCGCAGCGAAAAGCUGCAGAGCCCGAAGCAGCAGCGCGGAGCGCAACAGCAGCAGCAGCAGAAGAAGCGAAAGCUGUGGGAAGCUCCGCUUCCCUGGCAACGGAAGAAAGCCAAACCUCCGGAGGUCAACGAGCUCCGACAACUUCGGAAAACGUGCGUCAGAUUAUGUUGAAACGCAUCAAGGAGAACAAAGCGCAGAUCAGUUUCGAGAAGGCGAAGGCCCAAUUCAAGAAAGCCAAGGCCGAAAAAGCAAAAGGAAAAAGAAGAGCGUGGAAACUGGCAAAGACCAGCGUCAGACUCACUGCAGAAGCUCUUAAUGUUGGACUUCACAAAGUGCUCGCGCGCUUCGGCAGAGCCUGGCAGUGGGCAAUGGAGGUUGGCCUCAGGAAGAUCAUCCGGCAUUUCCGCAUGCUGAAACUGUUCGGGGUUGUGGCAGCUUGGUUUGAAAAGGCAGAAACCUUUAUUCGUUGGUUUGGAGGCGAAGGAAAGUUUUACUUUGCCAUUUUCGACACUUUCAGGGGCUCUGCUUCCUUUUUAGUUCAGAAUGCAGACAAGAUUUCCGCCUUGGUCCGGGGCACGAUUCACUUUUCCGUGUCUGCACUGGACUCUACUCUCUUUCUCGCCAUGCUUUUAAACGCAAUCACCAAACCCGUUUAUGGCCUUUACUUUGCCUACCAAGGAAUGCUCGAAGAUAAGACAAGAGUGCAGGCGCUCGAAGAGUUUCAGUCCAACAAAAAGGCUCUAACGAACUUCUUGCUGGGCACUGCAGCCGUGCAAGCGCAAAUGGGGUAA